AUGGACUGUGGACUUUCUAAUGAGAUGUGUAACACAUAUGCGUUCCACACACAGCACCUAUUUGCUCAAAAGACACUGGCAGACGAGACGCCAUGCAAACCCCCAGUGGAACGCAAGGUGCGUUCCACAGAAGAAGGAAGCACGGCAAGCAGUGGAACACAUAUUGCAUUCCACAAGGAAAAGAGGAUGGACAAGGCUCAGCAUGUGUUCCAGGAGACAGAACGUGCACCUUAUAGGACGUGGAAGGACGCAUAA